GAAGACCGGCAAAGUGCAGCGGCUCUUCUCGCGUUGUUUCACCGAUAAAUCCAGCAAAGCCCCGGUAAAGGUCGGGUCCUGAAGGUGCGGAGAAGUCUCAGGUUUAAGAGCAGAUGGGUGGGAGCUGAGAUCACAGAAGGACAAAGCAACAUGGGUGACGCGUCAUAUUCCGGCCUGGAGAUGACGGCUGAGACGUGGGAGAACGGCAGCUUUGCGAGCCCCUCGCCGGGUCUCCCACUGUUUCCGCUCAUGUUCAAUGACAGCGAUCUGAACGACACGCUGUUUAACUCCACCAACUCCACCGCCCCUGAUGCCUUCUCGGGUCCCAGCGUGGCAGGGGUCCUCAUCCCACUCAUUUACAUAAUCGUUUGCAUCAUCGGCCUGGGCGGCAACACUUUAGUGAUUCACAUUGUUUUGCACUACUCAAAGAUAGAGUCCGUGACAAACAUCUAUAUUCUCAACCUGGCCAUCGCCGACGAACUCUUCAUGCUCGGCCUGCCUUUCCUGGCGGUGCAGAACACACUCCAGUCAUGGCCCUUCGGCUCCUUCAUGUGCCGACUGGUCAUGACUGUCGACUCCAUCAACCAGUUCACCAGCAUCUUCUGCCUGACCGUAAUGAGCAUCGAUCGCUACCUCGCCGUGGUCCACCCCAUUCGGUCUUCUAAGUGGCGACGCCCUCAGGUGGCCAAAGUGGUGAAUGGCACAGUGUGGGCACUGUCAUUCCUUGUUGUUCUGCCAGUGGUCAUCUUUGCUAACAUCCAGAAAGCAGGAGGCACCUGUAACAUCGCCUGGCCCCAGCCGGCUAACAUCUGGAGGGCUGCUUUCAUCAUUUACACCUCCACCGUUGGAUUCUUCUGCCCUCUUCUCAUCAUCUGCCUUUGCUACCUGCUCAUCGUCUUCAAGAUCCGCAGCUCGGGGAAGAAAGUCCACGCCACCUCAACCAAGCGGAGGAAGUCGGAGCGGAAAGUGACACGCAUGGUUGUGAUUGUUGUUGCUGUGUUUGUUUUCUGCUGGUUACCUUUCUAUGCCCUCAACAUCAUCAACUUGCUGGUGGCUCUGCCACCAGAGUACCAGGGCCUUUACUAUUUUGUCGUAGUGCUCGGUUAUGCUAACAGCUGCGCCAACCCUAUCGUCUACGGCUUCCUGUCAGACAACUUCAAGAGGGGUUUCCGGAAAGCCCUCUGCCGCUCCACAAGGAAGGUGGAGAACCACGAGCCCCUGGAGCACCAGCAGCAGGACGAGGGCAGGAGGGCGCUCAUGCCCAGAGAGAGCCUGAGACGAGCAAUCAGGGACGAAGAGGACGAUGAUGAAGAGGUGGUUUCAGAAAUGACUGAGAUAUACAGAAUCGCCCAGAAUGGAAACAGCAGCUACCAGCUGCAGAGCUCGCAGCCGUUAUUCUUAGAGAAAGGAGCGACGCCUGGAGUCACAGAGCUGGCGUCCCCAGAUAGGAGGGAUAACACGGGGGAUGCGAAAGGGAAAGAUGCCAAUGGGGCCACCCUCACUGUCCCACUGCUUCUCAACGGAACCAAGAGUGGGAGCACUAAAACGCUACCAGAGGAAAACUUGGAACCAAGUGCCUCAUUGGAGAUAAGUUACCUAUAGUGUAAAAUAUGAACUUUAAGUUUAUGGGACCGAUGUGGACUGAGUAUAAUACAGGGUGGCCUGCUUCUAAGCCAAAAAAAAAACAAAAACAUAACAACCCAUUAAUGAACACUUGGGUGGAUCUUAACAUUUUUUCAUCAGUGUGCACAUUAAAAAGCAUGUUUAUAAUGUAAAUUCUGUUUAUAUGCAUGCCUGUAUGUACAAAUAUGUGCCUUUAAUUGGUUUGAUCACCACUUUUUCUGCUCUUUUAAGCUGUUAUAUUCCAUAAUGUGAAAAUCAUUUGCUCAGGUUUGGCUGUAUUUAAGCUUCAGUCACCAUCUAGGUUGAUGACAUGGGUGUUGUUACUGUAACUAUUAUAAAACCAAAUGCCUGCAGCUCCAGCUCUUAGAAAUCCUAGUUUAGUCUGUUAGUUUCAUUUUGCUGCCGGGAUCAUGCUUUGUGUUUUCUAUAGAGAGUCAAACAGGUAAAGAGGUGGUCGGGGUGGAUGGUGGAUGAACAACAUGCAAAAAAAUAAUGUCUCUGAUUGGGUUGGGACAAAAGCACUCAUUUUCACACUCAGCGAAUCCAGAAAAAGUCAAUGUAUUACAUAUUCAUAUAUUUUUGAACAUAUUCAAAAAUAUAUGAAUAUACAUAUUCAUAUAUUUUUGAACAUAACCACCAGCUGCCAGCUCCUAAACAUACUCAGCGUCUCAUUAAUAGUGUCAUAUUUUAUCUUUAAAUACUUAUUUAACACCUUGGAUGCAUGGUGCACUGUUAAAAUAAUCCUUAUACAUUUUAUACUGGAACCUGUGCAAGGCAUAGUUAAGGUUAUGAGAACUGUGGAUCUAUGAUAUAAACUAUCUAUAUACUAUAUAAUUUGUGGAAAACUGUUUUCUCUUACUUACAUUAUUAGUAUGUUAUUAUUUUCAAAGCCUGCUGCACUUUUUCAAAUUCCAGGUACCCAUUAUGUUCAUUUCCUUGUCUCAUAUUUUCAUUCUUUGCCUCUACUAGAGUAACUUUACACAAUUAACAGUUCAGAUGAAUCCUUAUUUAGCUUCCACUGGGGCUUCGUACAGCCCCUCAGUUUAUCCUCCAUCUAAAACAAGUUUCUCUGUCUCUCUGUUCAAGACAACUUUUGAUUGGCUGGCCCGCACAUACAGAAAUGUUAAACUCAUGACCAAAUGUUUUGGCACUGGCACACAUUUUGUGUUUUGUACACUUUGUCACUUCAGUUUUUACUUGGAUUAUUUUCAGCAUAAGCAUUUCAUUAGUUUGCUUUUUUUUUUUUACUGGUGAAUAAAGCAGUUAUCAGUUCUGGCCCAAGUCCUGAUUGAUGGUAAUCCAUUUCUGUGCUAUCAGUGCUUCAAGUCGAUCACCCUUUGUGGGCUUCAGGUUAUCUGCUUGGUUUUUAAGGACUGAUCAUGCGAAAAACAUCCUCAAAGAUCAGCUUCUUCCAAUGGUCCAAGAGCAAUGGGGUGAUAAUCUGUGCAUUUUCCAGGAUGAUGGAGCACCACGUCAGAAAUCAAAGCGAUAACUAAGUAGCUCAAAGGUCAAAUCAGCAUUUUGAAUCAACGGCCAGGAAUCUCCUCAGAUCUAGAUCUUAAUCCCACCGAGAUUUAAUCUUAGAAAUGUGCGUGAACAAUCAGCAUUGCCAUCAUUCAGGAUUUGGCCCAGAGGCUGAUAUCCACCAUGCCACAAAUAACGUUUGUAUGAAACAAAAGAUUUGUGCCUUUGCCAAAACUUCUGACCUCACUGUAGAAGCUUUGGCCAUAGUAAAUAAUAAAUGCUUCUUAGAUAUAAAAGAUGAACAUAUCCACGCUCAUGCUGUAAAAUUGAAAUUUUCACGUAGAGCUUCCAGCCCUGCUUUUAGAAAUCAAACACUUUACCAGUUUUAGAUCCAGCAUAAUUACAAAAUCUUAUUAUCCAGCUGCCGCCAGUGUGUCAUCAGAGCAGCAGUUGUGCACGUAAAAUAAUUUGAAAAAGCCGCCUCAUAAAACCAAAGUGCUUUAUAAUAGCGGCUGGAUUGAUGUGACAGUCAAAGAGAUAUUAGAGAAUCCAUUAAUCUGUCAGUGCUGAACCGAUACCUGUGUGAAAGCCCUGAGGCUGCUGUCAGAAUGAGAGUGCUUCUAAUAACUGCUGGCAUAUAGAAGUUGCUGUUCUAAAACAUGGCAACAAAAAAGGAAAAGUUAAUAGGAAAA